ACUAGCUGGCGCUAACGCCACUAACGCGACAUCGGUAUUGACACCAAAACACAUGUUUACGACUGUACGCGCAUGCAAAGUUCAACUACUUUGACUUGGAAUUCUUACUUCUUUUCUCGCUUGGUUAGCGAUCGCCUGUCAUAGCGCACUACGUUCCACAAACGCGUGACGGCUACAAUCAGUGUUUCGGCGCUGAUGUGAAUCGUCAUUUUACAAUUGACCCGGCGUGCGUUUAGAUUCGAACGUCGUGAAAUCGUUUUUGUUGAAAGCUUGAAUCGACUAUUCCACAAUGGCCGCAUCGCUUGAAGGAUAUGUCAACCACACAGUAUCAAUUAUUACUGCUGAUGGUCGUCACAUAGUGGGCACGCUGAAAGGCUUUGACCAGACCAUCAACCUGAUACUGGAUGAAAGCCAUGAACGCGUCUAUAGUUCAGACCACGGUGUUGAACAGGUGCCUCUGGGACUGUACAUUGUGCGAGGGGACAAUGUGGUUGUCGUCGGGCAAGUGGAUGACGAGUUGGACAUGCACCUAGACUUGGCGAACAUGCGCGCUGAACCACUAAAUGCUGUGGUUCACUAGUGGAGUAGGGUAUUGUCUGGACAAGGACCAUAGCAGCCUACCUUAAUGGCUGCUUUAGGACUGCUUCAUUUUUGAUAAAAGAAUGCUUUUUCUUUUAACUCCUUAAUUUGUCACAUGUGGAGGGUUGAAGCAGGGUUGCACGCAGCCAUCUGAGAAAAGCCAAUCAAGCUUUCUCUGCUGUACUUAAAGGAACUAUGGCCAGACAGCUGAAAUGAAAAUGUUUGAAAUAGCAGUUUUACUGAAGGCAGAGGUUUUGUGAGCUAAGCAAGAAAGCAUAAAUGUUAGGAUGGGAUUGGUCUUGCCACUAUGAAAACAUAUUGCCAGCCUCCACUGAUGUAUUGUGUCAUGUUCAUAAUUGGCAAGUGUAGUAGUCAACCCCUGAUAAUAAAGAAUCAUAUUGCAUUUGAAGAUAAAAGAAA